GACUCGGAGGGUGUGUUCACUUGUCUCAGGUGUCACCGCUGGCCUCUUUAUAAAAGAGCAUAAUUUGCCGAGGUGAGCAGACUUCUGAAGACUAUCCGUAAUCUCUGUUCAUUCCCUCCACUGAGCCAGAGAGACAUCACCUUGAGCCAUGCGAUUCAACCUGCUGUUUUUCUUCGUCUUUCUCGGGGUCCUCUACCUCAGCCUGGCGCAAGCUGGCGUUACGGGAAGUACUCUGAGGACAGAUGUUCGAUUUCAUAGCUACUCAAGCUUGUAUGAGGACUGCUGCCUUAGCUUUACAAAGGAGAUUAAACCAUCCGUCAAGAAAAGAGUGAUUAGUUACAGAAGACAAGAGCAGGAUGGAGGAUGCAAUCUUCCUGCGAUAGUAUUCAAACUGAAGUCAGGCCGACAGUUCUGCGCCAGACCAGGGGAUAAAUGGGUGCAGGAUCUCCUUAUACAGACUGAGCACAAAAAAACACGCAAUAGACAUCGUAAACACUAGCAGUGAGAACUGAAGAGCUCUAAGAAGACUUCUGUGUGCAGUUUGUGAUCCAAGCAUUAUGGUUCCACCCACUAUCUUAGAUAAGCUUCGGUGUGCUGGCUACCCAGCAUCCAUUUCAGCCAGGAUGCAUCAGCCUUUUCAGUACUUCCUGUAUGUUGCUGCUAUCACUACCCUAUACCCCCCAUUGCCUAUGGCUCAGUGCACAGGUCUGGCCAUGCAUGUACGAGCAAGAAGGAUAUACGACCUAGUUACUGAAUGACAAAAAGCAUCUAUAAAUGCUAUAAACGCUUUUAUGGCUAGCUUUCACAAUGGUUAUAAUGCACACUAUAAUCGAAACAUGGGUGGAACACUUUUGGACUCUAACCAAACAUUUAGCCAUUUCUUUAUGAGGUUAUAGAGUGUGUCUCACUUUAAAGGAACCGUUGAAUGUGUAUAUUGUGCACUGUGUGAUGUGUAAAUAAACAUUCUACUUUUAUUCAUUUCA